CCAAUUAUCAAGGUCGCAAUGUGAAUAGGGGGGUUUGAGUGUAAUCUGUAUUCAUGCUUUAUGCUCGAAGCCUAUGUACAAGUUUAGCCUGCGUUCUGAAAAACAUGAAUAAACGCGAAAGAAAGAAUGCUAAAAAGGCUGCAGCUAAAGUUAUAUUGACUAAGAAACGACAAGAGAAGAAACGAUUAGCGACUGACUUUGUGCAUUACGAAAAUUCUAGCAUCAGUGACUACUACAUUGAUGGGAUAUUUAGAAAGGUUUUCCCCUAUCAUUUCGUCUUCAAAGCUUAUGCAAAGGACAGGUGGAUUAGUCGUAAGCUCCGUGAUGUCCUGCAGUCUGAAUUUAAUAAUAAUUCUGGUGAAGUAAUCGCACAGAAAUGUGAAUCAGGUGAAAUCCUGGUAAAUAAUGCAAAAGUCGACCCUGACUAUGUUAUAAAUGACAGUGAUCUCCUUUCUCAAAAGGUUCAUCGCCAUGAGUGUCCUGUACUAAAUCUUCCCAUCGAGUUUGUACACGAUUCAGACGAUAUUCUAGUGGUCAAUAAACCUCCCUCCAUACCUAUUCAUCCCUGUGGCCAGUACACACUUAACAGCAUCACACACAUUUUGGCCAAGGAUUAUGGUCUUCGUCCUCUACGAUUUACCCACCGCCUUGAUAGAAUGACUUCUGGAUUACUUUUAAUCGCCAAGAACUACGACACAUCUGUACGUCUGCAAUCACAAAUUAGUAGUAAGGAGGUUGCGAAAUAUUAUAUAUGUCAUGUCGAAGGCUGUUUCCCAACUGAACCAAUCAAUCAAUGUACUGGCUUUGAGAUAAACAAUGGAGUAGUGGUUUGUAGCCAACCUGUCGGGCCUAUCAGUCGUAGAAUGGGUGUACAUGGCGUUGUACCAGAAUCAGCUGGUGGGAAGUUCGCUCGGACACAUUUCUUACGCUUAAACUACAAUCCUGUCACGAAUACAAGUCUAGUCAUAUGUCGUCUAUUCACUGGGCGUACACAUCAAAUCCGAGUACAUGUGCAGUACUUAGGUUAUCCGAUUGUUGAUGAUCCCCUAUACAAUUCAGCUGAUUGGGGUGAAUUAAAAGGGAAAGGUGCUAAUUAUGGAAUGACUCUGGAAGAAGUUGUCCAAAGAUUGAGUGAUUCUCGUAACAGGGAAAAGUACAGAAUCCAAGAGACCGAUGAAAAGUUGGAAAGUUCUCUUGAUCCAAAUGUAUUAGAGCGUCUGCAAUUGUGUAAAGAUCCCUUAUGCCCUGAUUGCAAGCUUACUUUCAAGGAUCCAGAAAUGAAUAACUUAAUACUACGACUGCACGCUUAUCGUUAUAGUGGAUCUGAUUGGUGCUAUUCUGCACCUUUACCCAGUUGGGUUAUAAAUGAGAAUGUACCAGACUUGCAUGGUGCAAUAGAGGAGGCAAUGAAACAGUUAUAAAUAUUUGUGGGUAUAUUAGUUUUUCUCCAUGUUUGUUUAGUUUGUUCUCUAUCAUUUGAAAUAUUCAUGCGUACCAUAUAUCAGUCAGUCAGUUACAGCGUAGGACCAGGUACAUAUAUGUGCAUCGGUCCAAGUUGCCACACCUCAUUAGCACAACAAGAUAAACACCAAAUUCAUAGUAGUUACUUUAAUGGUAAUAAUAUAUAAGAGAAAGAUUGCAUAUCAGGACAUAGCGCAGGACGAAAGAAUUAGUUCGUAGAAAGGAAAAUAUAAAGUAAUUUUAAUCUCAUAGUUUAACGAAAGACAGAGUGUAUAGACCUAAACUAUGUCACCCAGAGUCUCCAACCAUUGAUUACGAUAGCUACGCGGACCCCAACCAAGUAGUCUGCAUCUACCAACAUGGCUCAAACUAGAAGUUAGUGAUUCCAAGCACUGAUGCCAAAUUUUAGUUUGGCCACCCCUAACUUUCUUCCAAUCAUCCACAACACUCGUCAACAUUGUGCGUCGGGGUAAUCGGUGUUCAGGCAUACGUAACACGUGUCCCAACCAUCUUAGCCAGUGAAGAUUUACAAAGUCAUCAACAGAUAUGCCAUUAUUCCCUAAUACCCUGCGUCUAACCUCACUAUUACUUAUCCGGUAAUCCCAGCAGAUGAGAGCAAUAUUUCUAAGGCAUCUGUGGUAAAAUACUAGUAGCUUACGAGUAUUUUCUACUCUUAAUGGCCAUGUUUCUCAGCCGUAAUAUAGAACAUAGCGAACUACUGCACAGUAUACUCGUCCCUUAAUUGAGAUAUCUCGCCUUCGCCAUAGGUGACGUACGUUGGCAAAAGCCAAACGAGCUUUUCGAAUUCGUGCUGAGAUUUCGUCAGACACCGACUCAUUAGGGCUGAUCAGACUUCCAAAGUAAGUGUUAUAUUUCUCUCUUACGGUUAUGAUCCAGCUAUUCCUAUUGCUUAGUAUUCUUGGACACCAAAUCACUCGACAAGUCCCCAAAUCAGAACACGGUUGAACAGGAAAGAGAUUAUAUUCCAAAUAACAAGGUUAGAUGGAGGCAAGAAGCACAUUAGGGAAAACGUUAGUAUAUUUAUAUUACUUACAUGAGAAGAAUCUAGAGUAUUCUCCAAGUAUCGACUAGUGCUGAUUGAAUAAGAAUUAGCCAAUCAGCGUGCACCAAAGCAACUGUGCAUUGAGCAUGCUUUAAUCCAGUCUAUGUCCCGCUAACAAUAAGUGACGUUGUCGACGUGUUCGAUAAGUGGGACACGAAUAUGAAUAGUUUAGUUAUUUAACAAUGAUACGAUAAAAAUAUACGUAUAGUAUUGGUCCAUAAAUGGAUCCCCAAAGUUACCAUUCAUUUUCUCAUCGGGAUAUAACAAUAAUACAGACCUUUUUUUUUUAUCUUAUUUUACUAUUCUACGCAUUCGGUUUCCUCACUUUCCCUUUAUCAGAGUAAUUGAUGUUGUUCCCUCAGUGGACUUUCUGUUUACUCAGUUUGGUUGCUUAAAUUAAUAGGUAAUUAUGGUAGUUUCCGAAAAUGAAAUGCAAUUUUCAGUGUAUUGAUCAAGUUGGAUUAUGUUUCUUACGACAAUGAGGAUAUUGUAAAAGUUGAAACUGGCUUUCCGAAUUAAUAUGGACUAUAAUCUUUUCAUAUGAUUGCUGAGUAACUAGAUUAAUAUAUAUAUACGUCCCAUCUAUCGUAAGCUCCCGCUCCACUUAUUAACUCGUGUCGUACGUCUUAGUAUUAUUAUAUUUUUUUGUCAGUCUGUUAUUUACAGCCCUUUUUAGCUUGUCCAUGUCUAAUUGUUAUUUCCAAUUUUAUGGUGUGAUCUGGGCCACUAUGUUUGCAUACAAACCAAAUCUAUUUGAAGUAUUUAGCACAGGCUGGCUUCUGCACUCAAGCAUAGAGCAUAGAGAGAAACUAGAGAAUCCUGAACAGAAAGAAACGUAGCUGUUGAUUCAAAGUUAAUAGUACUGGUCGGACUUGUAACUGAACAACUCAGAGACACUUAGCCAUAGAGUAAAUAAGGGAUCUUAUUAGAAUUAUAAUUCUCAUUAGUGGCUAGUCAUGUGAUUUUUAUCAGCAGUCUCCCGGACGUAAUAUUCAUUUUAUUUAUUACCUAUAAAAUGUCCAACUAAUUUAUUGUUAAAAUAUCAAUGCAAAAUAGAAAUUUUAGUAGUUGUUUUGUUUACUUCCUAUUUCAGCUUCUAAAAUUAAUUGUUUUGUUUGAUGUAGUACUUCAUGAAUUACAUACAGAAGAUAUGCUACUGUUACGAAUUUAGCGUCCACUGAAACAUAACGGAUUCAGUUUUAAGACACCCCAUAAUAAAAAAUAUCAAAAUACGCUACUACGUACCUUCGUAAGACCUAACCGAAUGAAUCCUUAUAACAAACAUGUUUCCGUAACCUGCUCACGAUUUGUUAAAACUAUACUAAACAGACUCUAUUCACUGACCUCAAAUGUGACCUCGUGACUAGCCAGUCAAAAUGUAGCUUUUGUGAGAGUCCUAAAAUGCAAAACGUUAGUAGGAUUAUACAGCAUUAGAAGCUGAUUAAUGGUUGUAUUGAGGGUAAAUAUCGAUAAAUCAAGCAGGAAGUCCUAGUACUAUAAGCUGCCAUUAAAAUAAAUCCUUAACCCUAACACUCCUUAAUCUAAUUCCUAUCACCUAAUGCUCGUAAUCUUUGCACUCCUAACACAGAAAUACUGAUUGCAGUUUAUUCUACAAGAAAAUCAUCAUCUAGUCUUUUCAAAGAAUGAAUUAUAGCCAAAAACGUAGGUCUCGACAAAGAGCUACUCGUAAUAGCAUGUAAAAUUCGCGCUAAUAUCCAACGUCGACUAUCCCAAUUUUGAUUGGCUUUUCAAGACCGCCGGCAUAUUGUAGUAUUACCAUACGUUUAAAUGUUGCGCCAACCAGAACAAACCAUUCACAGGUUUUCUCAUAGGGAUAUUAUAUUUGAUUAAAAAUGUUAAUCAUGACUUACCAUAUUAUCUUCCAUUAUCCAUGAAACUUAUUGAAGCACAGAACAGCCGGCGGAAAAUGACGGCAAUCAAUUCAAGUAUAAUUGCUACGUUUAUUUUAUACUUCUUCCCCUUUAGAUAUGGUCUCACAAUCCUACAUCCUUCUAAUCUUGAAUCCUUAUGUUAACUCACGUUAUUCACUUAGACUAUAUACCUGUCUAUUUAAAUGGUGAUAAAAAAUAAAUAAAAAGGUAUAUGACAGUUAAAUGGGCAGUUGAAAUACUGUUGGUUUUUUCUAUUUCGUUAAAAUUCUACGUUGUGUAAGAUUGACUACUGACUUUUGGUAUAUUUGGAUAGUGUAAUAAAGAGAUGAUCAUCAGAACUACGUGAUAUAUUGGCACAAUAAAUUCCUAACGAUCUGAUCACACGUAUAGUUUCAAGAUACUCAACACUCAUUUCGUCGUUUCAUUAAGAAUAUCUACGUAAAAACAAUUGACUAUAAGCAAAAGCAAGUCUCUUUAUUGAAAACAUUGAUCAAAAUAGAACUGAUAAGUUUGAUGAGGUAGACUGAUUAUAAAAUUGUUAAUAAUAAAAAAAUGCAGUCUUAAAUCAUCGAUAUGUCUUGUAGUGGCUGUGCUUCGUUGACCAAUCACCUUCGUAACCGUUACAAUCUAAUCCUCAACGGUGUUUGAAAUCAGAAGGCAAAGAGAAGCAGCGACUACAGUUUUAUUGGCAGAUGACUCAGAUCACAAAGCAGUGAGGCAAAUGAGUGAGUCAGCGAACCGAGAGUGUAGUAUAUAUAUAUAUAUUCAAACAAACAAUAAAAAAUGAAUUCAAACUUCACUUCAUUGCACAAGCCAGUGGCUAUCAGGACUCAGUAGUCAAGUGGGUAACGCGAUGGCGCUUGAAGCGAACGGUAUUGGAUUCGAUUCUUGUAGUGAACAUCAAUUCUCGGGUGCAGGUGCAUCCGGGUGACAAGUCCCAAAUAGGACGAAACGCGCGUCCUGGAUUCCACUACUAGCCACCAUCCAUCUUUUCAGUACAUUUUUUAUGAAUUAUUUUACUGUGUAAGAGAGAACUUAUAGAAUUUAUAAUUUGUGAUUUAAUCUUAUAUCAUUACAAUAAGGUCCGUUAAUUCUCGAACACUAUCGAAGUUUGUACACCUAAUUAACAAAACUAACCAUCAAUAAAGUCAAUCAGGAGAAAGACAAAUUGGUUUUAAGAAAGAACUUCAUUUUUUUAACUCUGAAGGCGACAAUUUAUACUGUGUUGCUUGUAGUUUUGACAAUAAUUAGCAAUGGAUUCUACAAAAUCUACUUUGUCUUAUAUGAAAUUUACCAACUGAAUGCACCUCAACUCGAAAAUUUAUGUUCCAUACUAGAACCCCAAACCCUUAUUGUUUAAUACCAACGUCAGAAUAUUAUUCACCAGCCUAUACAUUAACGUCAAAUGUUUCCAACUAAAUAAAUAAUUUGUGAUUAAUACAAUUUUCCAAACUAACUUUAACAGUUCUUUUUCAUUAAAUAAUCCUAUAUUAUUUCAAACAGUCAAUUGUAUAACAAACUACCCAGCUAUGAUUCAACAUUCUAUACACUUAGUAGAUUAUGAACAGAGUGAUCCCGAAGACUGUUAGAGGUAUGAAAACAGUUGUCUGUUUCCAACCCCCUUGUACAUUGAGCAGUAUGACUUCACCUUCGUACCUUAAAUUGCUGGUUUUUGUCUUACUGUCAUCUACUUUUGCAACCUCAAGUGGUGUCCGUCAAGGCUGUCCACUUUCCCCAUUUUUGUUUAACUUCAUCAUAGAUCUACUGAUGGAAAUAACUUUCUCGUCGACUGAGUUCUCGGGUAUUGAUCUCCAUCCAGGAGGUCCACUUAUCGACUUAGAAUACGCAGAUGACAUAGUCCUGUUUGGUGAAGACGCUGACAAAAUGCAGAGUCUUUUGGUAGCACUAAGCAACAAUGCCAGAAUGAUUGGAAUGCGCUUCUCUCCCUCGAAAUGCAAGUUGU